GGGUGUUUUCGGGGUGUCUUUAACCCCCCCUCCCCAAUUCAAGGGGGUCUCAUCUGCCGGGCCCUGCUGGCCACGACCCCCGACCACAACGUGCGGAGCUUCAUCUCGCUGGCGGCGCCGCAGAUGGGGCAGUACGGGGACACCGAUUACCUGAAGUGGCUUUUCCCCCAGCACAUGAAAUCCAACCUGUACCGGCUCUGCUACACCCCCCUGGGCCAGGGCGUGUCCAUCUGCAACUACUGGAAUGGUCUGAGCCCAAAAACCCCAAAAAUCUCCCAAAAAUCCCAAAUCCCCAAAAUCCCAAAAAAACGACCCAAAAAACCCCAAAACCGCCCAGAGUGGAAGCGGAACCUGCUGCGGAUCCAGCGCCUGGUGCUGAUCGGGGGCCCCGACGACGGCGUCAUCACGCCCUGGCAGUCCAGGACUUUCUCCCGUUCCCAGGUGUUUCUGCAGGACACGUUCGGGCUGAAGUCGCUCUGGGCCCGGGGGGCUCUCGGGGGCUGCUCCGUGCCCGGCGUGCCGCACACGGCCUGGCACAGCCACCGCGGCGUCUACGAGCGCUGCAUCCGCCCCUGGCUCACCUGAAGGGGUUUAUUGGGGUUUAUAGGGGUUUAUUGGGAUUUAUUGGGUUU